UAUAAAUUCCUUCAAACAUACACAUCUACCUAUAAAUACAGAAAUUAAGUAAAUUAAAUUAAAUUCAAUUCAAUUAAACGCAAAAACUCUAAAUGAGAGACCAACUAAUUUAAAACAAAAAAUUUAAGGUUACUAUCACAACGCAAAAAAAAACCGUAAUUGUCUUCCAAACAAAAAAACAAACCAACCAAAAAGAAAACUCCAUAAGUCCAAAAGUUCACCAAACGAGCAAUGGAAAAACUUGUGGAAAAAUACGUCGGUAACAACAAAAUUAGUCGAAAUUUUCAAGCUAAACUCCAAGAAGUAUCCGAAACAGUAGCAACGACCAAGAACUAUACUCUGACACACCGUACCAGAAGUGCAACACUCAAGAACUACAGUCACAGCACAAUUACGAGAAACAACGAAAAUUCUGAACAACAAUCAAAGCAUCGACAAGAACCAACUCCAAGCCAGCAACAGUAUUAUGUGCGAAAUGCAGCCACUAAAGGAACAAUACAACAACAACCACAGCUAACGCCUACUGUCGACUAUUUCCGCUUUUCCGCUUUGUAUGCACUCGUAGCGAAUUCUGCUACCGUUGCCACGUACAAUAUGCGUGACGCGUAUGCGUGCGUGACUACCUACGAUGAAGUCAACAGCGACGGUGGCGCCGACGACAAUAGUGGCAACGACUAUAUGCCACAUCAUCAUAGCACACGACAGCGGCGUAUAGCUGCAAUGACCGCUAUAGGAUUAAGCCGCAACCAUAUAAGCCUUACACGAAAAUCGCAGCUUAGCAACAGAGUUUUGCGAGCGGCAUGCCUACGAAGUGGCACUCGUCAACAAAGUGUUAUAUCUGCUGCUGCAGCCGCUGCCGCGGGAGGUGUCUAUAGUUGCGGUCUCUUCAAUACGAUUGGCACUGUCGCCGGAAACGGAACAAGCUUUGCUGGUGGUGGCAGCGGCCUAGAUAAGCGUAGUCUUUUCUAUUUGACGCUCGUAUUUUUCAUCUAUUGUGGUGCAAUGAUGCGCGCCUCUGUGGCGGCGACAGCCAUUGCUAAUGCGACACAUAACAAUAACAUAAGUGACAGCGACGAAGAUAAAGCGCCAAUAGCAGCAACGGCGGCGGUGGCGGCGUCCUUGACACCAAUCGCUACUCCUAUUGAAAGCGUAAUGUUGAUUGAUAGUAGCGUGCAAGAUUCGAUAGCAUCCACAACAGCAUCAACAUCUGCUACGUUACCAUUACCUGUCAUCAACUUGACAGCUGCUAUUGCGCAUAGUAGCCCCAAUGUUUCAUUAUUAGCCGAAGCGGAGCCACCGCCGCCGCCACCACCGCUGCAUUUUGUGGUGGACGCGUUCGCAAAAGAUCUAACGUAUAUACAACGCGUUGCAAAGCGCGAUACCGCUCAUGUGCCUGAUGAUGAGGAUGAUUCCGCUUAUCAUGACGACGAAUUUGAUGAAUACGAGGCUUUAAUAAAUAAUAGAUCUGCAAAAGGCAAAUACAUCGGUGCUCCCUGUUUUAGUGACAUGACAUGCGAAACUACAUUAUUGCAUGUCACGUGUGAUAAGGAGACAAAAACCUGCGGCUGUGAAAAAAAUUACCCAGUACAGCUUGGACUAACCAAAGGUUGCGACAAGCCUAAAAAACUGGGCGAGCAGUGUUUCUACGAUGAAACUUGUAUGUAUAACGAUGAAAAUUCCCUUUGUGUUCAGGUGCGACACAAUGCUAUGUGUCAGUGCGCACAUGGUUUCCAUUCUGUAAGUCACACAAAGCCAACUCGUCGCGUUUUUUGUACGAAAGACUUAAAGGAGCUAAGCUCUGAUUUGCCUACACUAUUGGGUGUCUCAACGGGCAUCGCAGUGCUAGCCGGACUCAUCUGUAUGGUAUUACAUCUGUUCAGUAAAACGAAGUAUCCUCGCCCGCGAAACUUUGGCGAUGCUAAUCUACCGCCACCCAUUAUGUACUCAAGUGAAACAGGUAUACCAUUGACAGUACAAUCGGGUCGUCCAUCAUCGCGUUCUAGUCUCCGUUCGAGCGGCUCAAUCGGUUCCUAUGGCAAUCGACGUGCUUCAUCCGGUGGUGCUACAAUUGCCGGCGGCCACGGUGGUGGGCAUGGUGGUGGCGGAAGUAGCGGUACGAAAGGCAUACUCGUCUCUACAUCACGUACAGGUUCUCGAAGACCAAGUCUAGCGUCGGUUCAUAGUACUAGUUCGUCCGUGCGUAGCUAUAGUAUGAUGCGUUUCGAGAAGGAAGCUCAACAGAAGGAGAUCCGUCAGGAGAUGAAAUUACGUUUGGCGCGUCUACAACAACAACAACAUCUAAAUCAAAAUAAACCGCAAAUUGUAAUUGGUGAUACAUUGCAACAUCAUAUGGGUGCAUCAUCGGCGCUCAGUCGUUUGAGCGGUAUGCCAACGCCGAGUCCAUUGACACCAAAUUCAAUGGAUGAACUACUACCAUCGGUGGAUGAGUUGCAAGAGUAUCCACCAAAAAGUGACGAUCUAGCGACAACAAUACAUAAAAUGGCGGCCGAAAGUGUAGCCUCUUCAAAGCUAACAGCGAUAAAACAGGCAGCGGUGGGUACCAGUGUUGCACUGACAACAACAAUGGGCGCAACAACAAUGGCGGCGGCGAGUACGGGUGCCAGUGGCAGUGGCAGCGGCUGCUUGGUAACACCGGGCACACCGUCAGAUGGGGCUGGAGCGGCUGCUUAUAUUGGACCAUGUAGUUCAUCGACUGAAGCGCUCUAAAAAGUUAUAAAUAAGCGAUAUAUACAUACAUAUAUGUAUGUAUAUAAAACAGCCAGUAACGAAAUAUACAAAGUACGAGUACAUACAAUAACAAGGAAUUAAAAACUGAGACAAGCUGUAGAAAUUGACGAACAGCAAAAAUUAGCGGCUUCAACUCGUAAAAAAUAUGUAUCUAUUUUUAACAAAGCAGCUAAUGAAAUUGUAUGCUUAGGUGGAAAAAAGUUUAACAACUGCGCGCAAUAUAAUUCUGCGUUAAAAUUUAAUAAUAGGUUAAAAUAAAUAUACUUUUUAGAUUAAAAUACAAAUUUAGUGUAUUGUAUGCGAUUUGCUAAAUAAAUUAGAAAAAUUUAUUGAUUUUUUUUUUAUGCAGCAAUUGUAUGUUGUAGGUUAGGUUCGUUUAGCGAGAAAAUCAAAUGAUUAGCUAAUUGUUGGUAACCAUUAAAAGUAUGUAUGUAAAUAAAUUUUUUCUAGGCAUACAUACAUACAUACAUUAAAGAGUUUGGUCCCAAUAUUUACAAAUUUUGCAGUGCGGUUGGCAAUUUAACAGUAAAAAUCCGAUGCAAGAUUUUCAAAUGCUGCUAAGUACCGGUCCUAGUUUAAAAUAAAAGAACCAAACCUUUUGUUGGUUACAUUUUUAUAUACAUACAUUUUUCUACACAUGCAUUAGGGGUGGCCCUUAAAAAUAUCAACAACUAAAUUGUGUAUAGCGGCACCCCUUUUCACUUGAAAUUUGAUGAACUUGACAUAUUAUUGAAGCUUAUUCUUAUAAAUACAUAAACAAACUCACUGAGUUAUAACUGGUCAAAGUAAAAAUUUUGUUGAUUUUUUACGAGUUAA